AUGGUCGUCAGACAGCGUGCGAGGCCCUGUCGACAACGUCAAGGUGCUUUGAGCUGGUGCCUUCUGUGUGUGCUGCUGGCGAUUGGCAGCCGGGCUUUCGUUGCAGCACCGCAACGUGCCGUCCCUUUUAGGAACCAUGUGCCGGCGGAUCAGCGCCAACACUCAGCAGCACAGGCCGUGCUGCUAGCCUCAGCUGUUCCGGAGGUUGCAAGGGCUGCAGAUUCUCUCGAUGAAGCGCUGCACCCAUGGUUUAGCAUUGCGCCGAUCUAUGGGGGAAUCCUGUACAUCAUAGCAUUGGUGGUCCAGAGGGUGAAGUGGGAAUGGUACAACUACGUUUAUGUCGGCGCUGCUACUCUAUGGCUGGGACCAGAAGGCGAAUGA